AUGCCCGAAGAGGACUCAGAAUUUUUAGCCAGUAGCAGCGCUUUCUCCACCGACCUGGUGUCAUCACCUGACGUAUGCACCUUUGCCGCCUCGUCUUCCUCGACCGGUCGACCUGCCCUCGAAUUUCACGCUGUUCAUGGCGACAACAUCAAGCUCUGCCGAAAUAAGAAGGUUGCACGUCGUGCUGAUUCAUUUUGUAAGGCGUUAGCGUUCAGCAAUCGAGCAGUGGAAGUGAACGAAAUCUUUUGCAUGAAGAUCUUCGAAACGAGCAACCGCUGGAGCGGGGUUCUUCGUGUUGGGAUUACGAUUCACGAUCCGUUUUUUAACUGUAAUUUUAGAUACGCUUGUCCGGACUUAACCAAUAAGCAAGGCAACUGGGUGAAGGCGAUUAGCGAGAGGUACUGUGAACAGAACAAUCAGUUUCAUUUUUUCAUCAACCAGGAGGGCGAGAUGUUCUAUGGGGUGAACGGCAAGACGAAGGGAUUGUUUUUGAGCGGCAUCGACACUUCUCGGCCGAUGUGGGUGGUCGUCGACGUCUACGGCAAUUGUACAGCCGUCGAGUUCGUCGAUACUUCGAACAUUCGCAUUGAUGACAGUAGCGAAAUGAACCAUCAUUCUGACUUGAGCAUGUGGAAGCGUGAUUUGGCUAAUGGCAUCGUAACCUGUAAGCCUUUGCCGGCACCUAGGACAAGUCUGGCCAAAGUUAUUUCACCAUCAGGCAUUUUCUUCGGCGUUGAACCUUCAGUGCGUGGAGGAUCGAACAUCGCUUCUAGCAGCUGCUCAAGCUCGCUUUCCCGUUACGGAGCUUCGCAGAACGAGGCAAAUGCAGAGACUGCUAGACGUUUUCAACCAGAAGGACAGACCCACUCGACAGUGGUAAAAAUAAAGCAGAGGCUGAAACCACCACCACCCCCUCAAAACGAGAGAAGGACUUUCUUUCCUCCUUUGUUCGUAGCAUCACCCGUCACUGCCUCUCAACCGUCUACUUCGUCUUCACCAUUGAACGCGUCCGCAACUUAUUCCUUCCCAGAAACCCGCUCUCAGUCUUCAUCGACUCUCGACUCGGCAGUUUUCUCCAAUUUCGAGGAAAGAGCGGUUACUUCCAGCGCAGAAACAAAUCUUUGUGAAAAUCUGCUCGGUUCGACGCUGAUUGGUCAAGAAAUGCUGAAACGGCAAUCGGCUAUUCACAAGCUUAUUUACAAUUCUGGUUUUGUUGUGUUGGGGAGCCAGUUUCACCCCCUCAAGUUCCACCACUUAACCGGUAAACACAUUACCCUCCAUGAAUACGGUACCGUGGCGACCAGAGACGAGGCGUACAACGACCACGGCUAUGUGUUCGUUCAGAGUCCGUUGGAAUUCAAUCAGACGGUCGUUAUACAGGUAUUAAACGUGCUAGAGAAUCGCGAUAGUGGCCUGUCUGUUGGUGUGACUUCUGCGAAUCCUGAUCGACUGAGGCAGGAGUGUCUACCAUUUGAUUCUGACCUGCUUCUUGACCGUCCUGAAUAUUGGGUAGUCAGCAAGGAAGUGAUUGGCAAGCCGAAGCUGCAUGAUGAGCUGGGUUUCUUUCUGAAUCGAUCAGGUAACUAUGAACAAAUGUUUUAUGUUACCACGCCGCGGUUACGUCAAGCAGCAACUUUAGGUGAGCUGGGCGUAGUUCGAAACCGUUUAGCGCCGCAUCUUAUCGCCCACGUCGACCAGACUCAGAAGCUUUGGCUGUUUUUCGAUCUAUACGGCAGCACUAGUUCUGUGAAACUGAUCGGUAAGUUUUCUGGUAAACUUUUCGCUAGUAUAAUCAUUGUUGUCAUAUGGUAA